GAAAAUAGAGACAAUGUUGCUGGAAAACGGAAAAGAACGAGUAAGGUUAGGAUAAAGGUAAACCAGAAAAAGGCAAAUGCAAGCAUGGAAGGAAAAUGGGGUAGAGAGAGGGGUGGGGGAACUGCACUGGAGUGAGUGGAAAUGGUAUGAUGAUAAGGAGGAAAGAUGUAGUCAGGUUUGAAGCAGAGAGGCAUAGAGGGGAAAGGUGAAUGGGGAGAGAGAGACACAGCGGGAGGCUGACUGAUGGUAGUAGAGCUGGGAUUAGGGGAGGGUACCUGGGUUGAGGAAGGCAGCUAGAUCCCAGCUCAGCCCCUAGGCAGCAGAAGGAAGAGCGGAAGCCCCCCCUUUCAGCCAGGGGGACCCUUUAGGAAGCAGCCGCAGCUGCGCCUAUCUUUGCUUAGUACUGACCGGUCGUAUCUCCCAUGGUGCCACCUUAAAUGUGCUGCUCAGGGGCGGAGCAGCCCUUCCCCCCGCAGGCCGCCGAUUGGCCGGAGAAUGUAUCCAUUGUGGAACGUUGACGCCCGCCGCGUUCCAUCCCUAGUGUAGCACGUUCGGUUGAGCCGGGGGCAGCCGCGGUGGCGGCAGCAGGAGCAGCAGGGAAAGAAGCAGGAGCCGAGGACAGGGGCAGGGCGAUGGGGUCGAGGCCGGGGUUGGGGCUUUGACAGCUGCAACCAGGGCGAGUGGUGCAGUGGCGGCAGCAGAAGCAGCAGGCGGCAGAACCUGGGCAAGUCACAGCUGGGGGAAGGAGCGAGGUUUGGGAGACCGAACAGCAUCGGAGAAAUCCAGGCAGCGGCGGCGGCGGCAGCAGUAGCGGCAGCUUCGAUUUCGCCUCUUUCUUACUGCGGACCAUGUUCGCCAAAGGCAAAGGCUCGGCGGUGCCCUCGGAUGGGCAGGCUCGGGAAAAGUUAGCUUUGUAUGUCUAUGAAUACUUGCUGCACGUAGGAGCACAGAAAUCAGCACAGACCUUUUUAUCAGAGAUCCGAUGGGAAAAAAACAUCACACUAGGAGAACCCCCUGGGUUUUUACAUUCGUGGUGGUGUGUGUUUUGGGACCUUUACUGUGCAGCUCCAGAAAGGCGAGAUACUUGUGAACACUCAAGUGAAGCAAAAGCCUUUCAUGAUUAUAGUGCAGCUGCAGCGCCAAGUCCGGUACUUGGAAACAUUCCUCCAAAUGACGGAAUGCCAGGGGGACCCAUUCCUCCGGGUUUCUUUCAGGGACCGCCUGGCUCUCAGCCCUCGCCACACGCACAGCCUCCACCUCACAACCCCAACAGCAUGAUGGGACCCCACAGUCAGCCUUUUAUGUCACCAAGAUAUGCAGGAGGUCCCCGGCCCCCCAUCAGAAUGGGAAACCAGCCUCCAGGUGGUGUUCCUGGUACACAGCCCUUGCUGCCCAACUCAAUGGACCCUACACGACAACAAGGACAUCCCAACAUGGGAGGCCCAAUGCAAAGGAUGAAUCCUCCACGAGGAAUGGGACCCAUGGGUCCGGGUCCACAGACUGAUCCUUGGUUAUCAUUGCAGAACUAUGGCGGCGGAAUGAGACCUCCACCCAACUCUCUAGGGCCCGGCAUGCCUGGGAUUAACAUGGGUCCAGGAGCUGGUAGACCAUGGCCCAACCCCAACAGCGCUAACUCAAUUCCAUACUCCUCUUCAUCGCCUGGUACAUACGUGGGGCCCCCUGGUGGCGGAGGUCCUCCUGGAACACCCAUCAUGCCUAGCCCUGCAGAUUCGACAAAUUCAAGUGACAACAUCUACACAAUGAUUAAUCCCGUACCGCCUGGAGGCAGUCGGUCGAAUUUCCCAAUGGGGCCUGGAUCAGAUGGCCCAAUGGGAGGCAUGGGCGGGAUGGAGCCCCAUCACAUGAAUGGCUCAUUAGGGUCAGGAGACAUAGAUGGACUUCCAAAAAAUUCUCCAAACAACAUAAGUGGCAUUAGCAACCCUCCAGGCACUCCACGAGAUGAUGGCGAACUGGGAGGCAACUUCCUCCAUUCCUUCCAAAAUGACAACUAUUCUCCCAGCAUGACGAUGAGUGUGUGAUUUCCCUCCUCCCUCACCCCACAUCCUCUUCUCCAGGAUAAAGAAAAAGUCAGCUGCCAUUUGGAGGAUCUCAAGAAAUUAUGCAAGAAGAGAAGCUAGGUGUGUUUGGCAGGGAGACAUGCAGAGCUGGGGACUCACCCCUGAUUUUUAGUUUCAUGCAAUAAAAAGGCUGAACUUUUUAUUCCAUAAAACAAUGAAGGACAAAAUCUCAAAAUAUUUCAAGACAAGACAUGACAAGAUCCUUCUUCUGCAGAAGGGUUUAUUCUAUGUACAUGACACUUUUUUGUUGUUGAUUUUUUGGAAACAAACAAAAGCCUCUAGCACCCAAUUCCAACCUCCUUUGCUUGAUUAUUCUUUUAAACCUGUUGUAUGUUUGUGCUGUGCUACGCAAGGAAGCUAGUCUAGAUAUGGAAUCUCAUGUUGUCUCUGUAGCCAUUAAAAAAAAAGAAAUUAAUAAAACUGGACAUUUUUUAUAAAUUGAUGAGUUUUGUUCAGAAGGCCUUUCUCCGUUCCACCUCUCUUCACCCCACCUGCCACUUCCCCCCCCACCCCGCCCCCCAAUUUGGUGUUUUGUAGCACAACACCUUACACUCCAACAAAAAGAUCUGUGAGGGAAAGGCUUCUUCUGCCUCAUUCUAAGUUGUAAUGCAGCUGCCCCCCUUGUAGGAUCACAUCCUCCAAAAAUUUAAUUGUGAUCUUGGUAUCUGUGACUGUGGCAUGCACUGUAUUAGCCUCCUCCCCCCUUUCUCCUCUUCCCAAAGUUACAGAGAAAAUAUUAUUAAUUGCCCUUUUGAGAAACCUUAAAAGUGUCAAAAAUCCUGGGGGUGGGGUGUGGAGGGCUAGGGUACUUGGAUGUUGUUGGUUUUUUAAAAAUUGGGGGGAGGGUUGGUCCACCGGAAAUAAAAGGAAAAGGAAUUAAAAACUUGACCUGGGACUCGAAAACUGUGAGUGCAAACUUCUUAACAUCUGUUUUGUUUUUCUUUUUUGUUUUUGAUUUUUUUAAAAUAAAUGAAACGAUGUGAUCUUAUUAGGGUUUCACUGUAUAUGCUCUGGAACUGGAUGGAGAUAUUUUUAAGUAAUUAUUGUUGUUAAAAUGUAUACUUGCUAUUCUGUAGGCUCUCUCUCUCCACCCUCUCCCUUCCCCUCUCCCCUUCUUCUUUUACUCUGUAAUUUAAAAAAAAAAUUAAAAAAAAUUAAACCUUCUUCUUAUGGUAGAGGUGACUACAGAAAAGCAUACCAUGUAUAGUGAAACUCGCAAGUCUUGGGAUCUCUGUACAUUACACUCCCUUGUAGCUGGUCUUUGUUUUAUAUAAAAAGAAAAAAAAUCCUUCACUUCUGAUCUAUGUAUUUCAUAUUAUGUAAAAUAUUAUCUUCCCCUGGAUUUACCUACCUUUGUGCGGAUUCUUGAAAACAUUGUAUCUUGUUUCAGUGUUUUUUCUUACCUUGUAGUCUGGUUCUAAAAUUAAGCGAGGGAAAAGAAAAGUAAUUAUUAUACAUUGUAGUUUGUGUACGAUAUUUGUUGAUAAUGUUUUAUUAAAGGGAUGUCUUUUUUCCGCA